AAAAGGCAGAGCGAGGAAGACAGAAAGUCACAGAGCGUAAGAGGCAGUGUGGGAGAAAGGAGAGCAACCAGACCGAAGGAGAGCAGAGCGAGAGCUUCGGAGGAAGAGGUGGCUUGGUUCGUCAGUUCCAUGUUCAAUCAAUUGCCUUUGUGUAGUGAUGUGUGAUGUGAAAAAGAUUAUGUCGGACCCUCAGUCUUCCGGCCUGGAUGAGUGUACCCCCUUGUCGUCCCCUCCCGUUCUCUUCCCUCAAUCAUCCCUCCUUCCAUGGGACCCCUUCGGGCCUCUGACCCCUGACUCAUCGGGCCCAACCCCUAGACCCCCUGUCCAGCCACGCUGCGCAGGGUGAGGGCUGUUGUAUGGCCAGCCUCCAGGGCUGCAGGGAGUGGUGAGGAUGGACAUGGACAGGAUGGGGGGACAGAUCAUGGGUUACCCCUAUCUACCAUACUCGCCGUGCCUGAGUGGCGCUGCCAGUGACAGAGCCGCCCAUGUUCUGCACCAGGAGUUCUCGCCCUUCCUCCCACCCCCGCCCCCUGGCCUCCUCCGGCAGCCCCCCGCAGAAGAAGAGCCUGAGCAAGGACAGCAUCGAGUACCGCCUACGGCGUGAGAGGAACAACAUCGCUGUGAGGAAGAGCCGCGACAAGGCGAAGCGCCGCGUGCAGCUCACCCAGCAAAGAGCGAUCCAGCUGCAGGAGGAGAACCACGGACUACAGGCACUAAUCACGCAGCUGACACAGGAACUGGACACUCUUAAGCAAAUCCUGUCGCAGCGCCACCUGCAGCGCAGAGAUAAUAAUCUUGCAGAGGACGAGAGCUAUUAAUGUGGAUUUAGAAUAGGAAGACAAGACUUGUAUUUGGGUUAGGGUUCGGCUUAGGCUUAGGGUUAGGGUUGGCUUUAGGGAACCAACUGGAAAGCACUGUUCAUUUCUGUUUUUAAACUCCAUUUUAUGUGCAAAUAUGUGGUGUUUAAUUACCAAUUCAGUUAUUUGUUUUCUUCUGCUGUGCAUUUUUUAGGGAGAAAUGGCAAUCUUCUGUGUAAAAAGUCUGUUAUUAAACUGGAUUGUGAAUCUAAGCUUUUUCAAUAAAAUAAAACUUCAAUUUCUAAA